AUGGGGGCUCCUAUUGCCUACAAUCUACACCCGGAUGCCAAGAGAGUGACUCCCGCCUGGUUGAUUGAGCAUGUGGUGCCAAGGACACAUGCAUUUUAUGACGGUGUCAACGACAUUUCCCUGCACUUGGCUUUGCCUCUUUUGUCGGCUGCCCUUGACGAAUCUUGGGAGGAGAGGAUGGAGCCUUCCAUUCGUAUUAGGAUCCAAGAUGCGUACGAGCGCAUUAAGGCCGAUCUUCCUGUUGGCGUCAACCCUGUGGUGAAAGUGCUUCUCUCGAUUUGGACGCACAACACCAAGCUCCACAUCAACGAAAUUGAGCCGAUGGAUACUGGAGGUGGCGGUAGCACGGCUGGUGGCACUACGGGAACGACCGGCCAGGCAAGCACUCGUCAAGUUGCCAAUGAGUCGCGGCAGGUGACGGCUAUGCAAACGCAACAGCAGGUACGAACGAACGAGGAGAUUCUGACAAGGAUUAUUGCGCAGCACAACCAGCUCCAGCAGCUCAUAGCACAAGAAGGUAGGACCCACGACAGUUCGGCUGCUGCUUUGAGAGGUUGGUUGGAGACUUGGCUUGGUGCGGAUCUGACGAAACUGAAUGGAAAUAUUUGCAGCCUCUAA